AUGUCUACUCACCAGAAUAUUAUUUGCAGCGUGAGUGAUAUGGUUGACGAGAUUAAUUGCACUGAUAAAGAUUCUUCGGAUAAAAUUGACGACACAGGUGAAGAUGCUAUUGAUAAUGAGAUUAAUGAUGACUAUUUUACUGGAGAGAAGCAUGUAGAAAGCGAUUGUGAAAGUAAUGGUAGUUAUGCAGAAGAUUUAUCUUUUGAUGCAAAUAUUUCUCAAGAAGAUGAGGAUGAAUUGUCACAUCUGUAUUGUAAUAUUGCUGAAGAAGCAUCAAGUUUAUUUGAAGGGUGCAGCGGAAAGUGUGGGCCGUAUUUUCCCAAUUUUACGGCAGCAAUGCUGUUUAUAUGGAUUCAUAAACAUAUGAUCU